AUGGGGGAGCCAGGGGUUGUCAUACCAAAAGUAGGUGAGAGAUUUGUUGGUGAAGAUGGGUCCGUUUCUGUGGUCCUUGCUGACACUGUAGAUGAGGACUAUGUGCCAACGCAGGAGGAAAUAGAGGGAUUUGCUGAGUGGAUGGGGAUGAACCUGCCGGAAGAUAAUGAGUUUCUUCACAUUGCUGUUGAGGGUCUGAAGGCGCCGCUUCCAAAAAACUGGCGCCCUUGUCGUACCGAGGAUGAUGAGGUGUACUACUUCAACUUCAAAACUGGCGAAAGCACCUGGUGUCAUCCAAUGGAUGAGGUACAUCGAGAGAGAUUUCGAAAGGCGAAGGAGCAAAAACAAAACUUAGGUGUGGGGGGUACCACGAGUAGGGACAGAAGUGCCAACAUUGUGAGCGGUACGUCAACGACGGCGCAGAGGGGUGCUAUGGGGAACGCAGUGGGGAGUGCACUGGCCACCCCUACUAACUUACAGGGAGGAAGGCUGGAAAAGCUAUCGCCCGCGUUAGGGACAAAGUACGCACCACUACGUUCUCCACCGCUAUCCGGUGGCGCGACUACGUCGUCAUUCCUCAGUAGUAAUAUAACCACUGGAGGCACCGCUGCUGGAGGGCCGUUGGAUCGCGGUAGUGAGAGUGGUGGCACCGGCGGUGGUAAGCGGCGGUUUGUUUCGGAGACGGAAGAAGCCCUUGAAAAAAGGAUCCGUCAGGAGCGGGAGGAAGCGUUCUUGGAAGAACAGAAGAAGGCCGAAGCGACGAUACAAGAGCGUCGGAUGAACAUGCAGCGUUCCCACGAAGAAGAGGUGAAGAAACUUCGAGCCGAGACGGAGGCAAAACUGGCGGAGCUGCGUGCCAACAGGCCUAAUAAUGGUGCAGAAGCAGUAAAGAAAAAGGAGAUGGAGGCAUUGUGGACGGAGCGUCUUGACGAGGUGAAAAGAGAGGGAGAGGGUCUUGAGAAGAAGUUGGCCUCACUUCGUGAGGAAAAUGAACAACGUAUUGCAGCGGAGGUAAAGAAAAUUGAGGCAAAAGCUUCCGCAGAUUUGGAGGCCAAGGUGAAACGCAUCGAGGCAGAUGGGGCUGCGGCUCUAGAGAAGGCGAAACGAGAGGCGCAGGCGGCACUCUCCGCGAAGAAGAAUGAGCUGCAGAAAAAAGCACGAGAAGAGCUUGAAAAGCUUAAAAAAGAGGUUGAAAAGCAACACAGUGAUGACAUGGCGGCACUUGAACGGAAAUUCUCUUCUGACGGACAUCAGUCUCAAGUCAAGUCGGCCGCAUCCACGGCAGCGCCUUCUCAUGCCACCGAUGUGGAGUCACGCAUCGCCGCCAUUCGUGAGAAGGAGAAGCAGGAAGUUUCUGCCAUUCAGAAGCGCUCGGAGGAGGAAAAGGCUGCCUUGCGCCGUUCUAUGGAUGAGGCCAUUGGUGCUUUACGUCGGGAGAUACACGACAUUCAACAGGCUGCCGCUUCCGAAGCCGUACCUGCAGCCAGAAAUUCCGGUCCAAGCAGUGUGGAGCUUGAAGAGGUACGACGCCGUUGGCGAGCGGAGGAGGCACGACGGAUGCAACUUCUUGCUGAGGACCGCCGCGCAAAGGUUUUAGCGCAGGAAAAGUCUUUGGAGACAUCCUCUUCGCUUCCAAAAUCGUCGGCGGCACAGGAGGUAACGGCAGACCAAUCGCUAAAGAUGCGUGCGAUACUGACAGCAAAAGAGAAGGAGCAUCAGGAAACGGAGGCGCUUCUCCGUUCGACUCUGCAAGAAGAACUUACGCGCACUAGUUUGUCUCUGGACGCACAACUUGAAGCGGCCGUCGCCGAUGCAUUUAAGGUAUUUGUUAGGUCUACUGAGGUGUCACGCCGAUUCGAGAAGGAGGACUUUGAGCGUCGGAGGGCUAGUAAUUCUGUGGCACAAGUUGCGAAGGAGGGAAAAGGCAUGGAUAGUAAACCGAAGGUGAGUGAGGGUGCGUCCUUUGAUGCAGAAGAAUUGCUCCAAAAGAAGGUGGAAGAAGCAGUUGGUGAGGCUCUGCAAAAUAUGAGGGCAGACCAUGAAAAUGCGUUGCGCCGGCUGAGGCAGCGGUACGAGGAGGAGCGUAGGAUGCUCAUUGCCUCAGUAGAUGAAGAAGUGAGCACAAUGGAAGAAAAGGAACGUCAACAGAUCGACCAGAAGUUGAAGGGUCAAACAAGAGAUUAUGAGCCAGGAGCAGGAAACGCGACAACAAGGACCGCUGGAGGGACAUCCACCUCAAUCGGUGUUCCCCUGGGGUUAUUGCAGCAGCGUCUUACGUCUAUUGAGGCUGCGUACUCCAACCAAAUCCAAGACUUAGAGGCUGAUCUCAUGUCGCUUAAUUCAGCGAUACGUAUGAUGGAUGAGCUGCCCAACUUCCUGGGUCAGAGAGCAUCUAAGAAUCAAGAGACAGAUUUCACGCGCUGUGGCAGUCAUAUGGAACCAGGAAACAGUUUCAGGUACGUCCCGUCAACAGGGAAACAUGCUCUACCCACUGGAAAGGGAGGAGCUUCACCCUCCACCAUGUUUUCUUCUGAGGCUCGUCUCUUUCUUGCUGGUCAGUUCCGAGAUUUCUCUGCGCGCCGGGACGCGCUUCAGGCAGCUCGUGAAGAGUGGUACGCCAACGCUAUGGAAGCUGCAGCACCUGUUCCCGCCGUUGGUAGCGGCCCGCUAGCUGACACAGCGGGGUUAAGUGACGUGCACACGCAUAUGAUCAGCCUCAUUGGCUCCCUGGGUGGUCGCCUGGAGCGCAUAAUGCGUCGUGUGAAUGCACUUCAGGCGUACACAGAAGGAAAGCGCUUAUCCCCACCUCGUCAACGGCGGCGGAUGCGUCACGGCUCAGCGGCCCGCCAUGACAAAAAAACCAAGUCGACCCACAAAAAGCAUCGGCACGCUAAGGCGCCCACGGGUCAUCCGCACGGUAGUCUUAUUCAGAAAUGGAGCCGCAUUCUCUCCGAACUUUCCUCUCCACCAGUCACUGGCGGGGAGCUUUCAGCAUUUCUUCGGCACUUGGGAAGGGACUGA